GCACAUUUUAAAAAGACGACACAUCUCUUGCAGGCGUUCUGUCAAUUGGUGCAAUACAUACCAAAAUUAUUCUUUUAGCUCGGUUGCAGAUAAUCGCUUUUUGCCUGGUAAAAUUCGCAAUGUUUGCAGAAUGUUGUAUUUUUGUAUAUUUGUUCACAGGGAACUGAUGCGGACUAAUGGGAGACUUAAUAAAAAGAGGAAAAAAGAGCCUUGUUCAGGAAGAAGAAAACAAGAAAUACAGAAAGAGUGCAGAGAGAUCAGUGAGACAUUUUAAGACGUGCACCUGCCUCCCACUGUCAGAUGUCAAAAAGUAACUGGCACACAACACAGCAAGGUCCUGCUGUGAUAGAAUAUGAACAAACUGUGCAACAAUCAUUUGCUAGCCAGCUUAUUUGCUUCUGAAGUCAACCGUCACCCUUUGCAAAUGGACACCAUCAGAUCCAACAUACUGUCCGUGAAAGAACUGGAAUGUCGUAUAGAUAACUGUAGGUUGGAGUCACAUGCACUAGAUGAAGUGUGGCCCAAAAUUUAUAUAGGUAACAUGGUCACAGCGCACAACAAGGAGGAGCUGAGUCGACAUGGCAUCACCCACAUACUGAAUGCAGCACACGGUGCUUGGGGGAGCAAAGGAAACCAGACCUUCUAUGGAUCAGAAUUCUCUUACUACGGCAUAGCAGCAGAAGACUCUGUAGAUUUUGACCUAAGUGUCUAUUUUCAUCCAGCCUCAAAAUUCAUCCACCAAGCACUCAGAGCCCCAAAAGGUUUGGGCUACAUGGUUUCUGUAGUUUUUUCUGCUGCCAUGUUCUCUGCCUACCACACCCAGCUCUGCAAUGACCUCAGAAGCAAACAUAGUUUCCAUGCGGUUCAAAGUCUGACUCAUUUGAAAACUCCGAAAAAAAUUGGGUGGAGACGACUCAGAAGGCAGCAUUUGACACAGAGCGCAACAACGGGAAACAAAAGUCCUGGAAAACAGAAGGUCAGCGGGGAAUCAUCGUUUGAACAGAAGUAUAGAGCAGCCAUGACCAAUCUAAGCACUUGUUCUUCCCACAAUCCCAGUCCAGAGAGGAAAAACCGUUAUGAGACCCCAGCAUUGUCUGAACUGCAGAGACUGGUAUGGGCCAGAGGAGGGUCUGACAAUCAUGUGGACCAAGUGUGGCCAAACCUCUACCUUGGAGAUGCAUGGGCAGCAAGAAGUAAAUCCAUUCUUCAGAGCAUUGGCAUCACUCAUAUCCUUAAUGCAGCUGAUGGGCCCUACAACAUCAACACUGGAGCACGUUAUUACCGAGACCUGCCGAUUCAGUACUACGGAGUGCAAGCUUUUGAUGACAAUUCGUUUGACAUAAGCGUCUUCUUCCACGAAGCUGCCGAUUUCAUACACAAGGCCUUAAAUACUGCAGGAGGCAAGGUCUUUGUCCAUUGUGCUAUGGGGCUAAGCCGUUCGGCCACGUUAGUGUUGGCGUACUUGAUGAUCCACGAAAACCUGACACUUGUGGAAGCCUUGAAAUCAGUGGACUCUCACAGAGGCAUCUGUCCAAACACCGGAUUCCUCAGCCAGCUCCGAGCCUUGGACAUCAAAUUAAACGAUGAAAAGAAGAGAGAUAACACUAUGGCAAAAGGGGACUGAAUAACUCUGCAAAUAUAGGAAUUCUGCAGCAUCUAUGCUUUCAUUUGGAACGAUUCAAUCAGCAAAACCUUCUACUGAGACUGGGAGGGAAGAAAUGCUUCCUUUUAAUGUAGUAAAACACAUGGAGCAGAGUAAAAAUGGGAAUAAUAUUAAAUAUAAAGAAGACCAAACUCAUGACAAUAAGCAAAACAACCAGCCUUAGAAUUAACAAGAUACUGAAGUGAUGGAUAGUGUAGAAAGUUAGCACCUGCCCCUCUCCUAGAAGAACGAAAUAUUCUAGGAAAUAUUAAAAAGGCAGAAUAUUAUAUUUCCCUGGAUGAGAAAAGGAGAAACGUGUUUUUAAAGACAAAGAGCAGCUCUCUGCAGCUCCCUGCCCCCAGCAGAUAUUUGGUUCACAUUAAGACUGGGCCAGCCUAUCUACAAGACAAAAGUCCUCCAGCUCCAGGGUGAUGGGAUUAAGACAUGACCCCUCAGGACAUAAUAGGAUUAGCCCUCUACCCAUCUAACAGCAGGGCUCACUGCAUUGCAAAAUCACCUGGGGACAUUACAUCAGCCCAAGGUUCCACCAAAGUUGAUUCAGACAAAUUUGACUCCAUAUGGGAGUCUGACAGCAACCAAUAGAAUACAUGCUCUUGCCACAGGAACAGGAAGCUCAAGGGCAAGGCCCAAGAGAGGGUUUAAAUAACCCUCACUCUCCACUCCAUGUGUUCAGCUGCCCAGGACUUCAAAUCCAUCAAUAAACCAUCUUUCCAAUCAGC